UCAGUUUAUCAUUUACAUCCGUAACUUACACAUUUUACCUUAAAUAUCUCAAAGUUUAUCUCUUAAUACCAAAAACUUUUUCCAUCCCCUUUAAAGCAAUAAAAUUUAACCACUAUUCCGAUAUAAUAUCUUUGUCAUCAUUUUGUGACCGUUUUAUCAAUAGAUUUAAAAAAAUGACACCUUCUACGUCCGCUCCUAGAAAAAAAUUUUCGGUGCCGUCCAGUAAACAAGAUGAGCUUCUUAGUGCUCAAGUGGCAUAUUUUAUGCAUUUAGAAGAAGCUAAGCUUAGUAAAAAAGAUAAGAUUAAAAGGUUUUUUUGGAAUCCAAAGGACCAAAGCAUUUUUGGAAGGAGCCCUUCGAGCUGGUCAAAAAUUGGACUCUUUUAUUUGAUUUUUUAUGGGAUUUUGGCUGCUCUUGUUGCUAUUUGUAUGUGGGUAUUUUUCCAAACACUUGACCCUAGAAUUCCUAAAUGGCGUUUAGAGCGAUCCAUCAUUGGAACAAAUCCUGGUUUAGGUUUUAGACCAAUGCCUCUUGAAACAAAUGUUGAAAGUUCACUAAUUUGGUUUCAAGGCUCAAAUAAAACAAAUUAUAUGAAAUGGGUUAAUAAUUUAAUGGGAUUUUUAGAAAAAUAUUAUGUGCCAGGUAAAGCAGAAAAGGGCACAGCAACUAUCAAAAGAUGUAGCUUUACUCAGUACCCACAAGAAAACGAAGUAUGUGAUUUUGAUGUGAGAUUAUGGGGACCCUGCAGCCCUGACAAAUAUUUUGAAUACCACAGAAAUGCACCUUGCAUCUUUUUAAAACUAAAUCGGAUAUAUGGAUGGGUUCCAGAAUACUUUAAUGAUACUAAUAACCUACCAAAAGAAAUGCCCAAACAGCUUGUUGAUCACAUUAGGCUUAAUGUUAGUCAACAUGAGCUAAAUACAGUGUGGAUCAGCUGUGAAGGUGAAAAUCCUGCUGAUGUUGAGUAUUUGGGUCCUAUUACUUAUUAUCCUAAAAUCCAAGGUUUUCCGGGCUAUUACUAUCCAUACAAAAAUGCAGAAGGAUAUCUGAGCCCCUUAGUAGCUGUACAAUUUUUACGUCCAGUUGCUGGAAUUGUUAUCAACAUAGAGUGUAAAGCUUGGGCCCAUAAUAUAAAACACAAAAGAACAGAUAAGGUAGGAUCUGUUCAUUUUGAAUUACUUAUUGAUUAAAUCAUCUUGGAAAGGUAGUAUUAAAAAUUAGUUGCUUUUUUUACUGCCUUAAAGAAUUGAUAUUACUAGAGAACGAUAUGUGUUUGAAAAAAUGGUAGUACAAAAUGAAUCCCUGCACAUAUGUAUAAUAUAAUUGAUUAGGUACAACUACCUUAUAUGACGAAAUUUUUAAGAAUGAUAAUAAAGUGAAGUUUAAACAG